AUUUGGCAAAGCGUCUGGGACUUUGUUUCCUGCUGUGCGACGUUCUCAACAUCUUGUAGCGACAAAAUUGCGACAACGCCAGCAUAUUUUGAUGUUUUAUUCCUGUUGAGGGAUAAUUAAUGAUAGUUGACGCUAGUCUGUCGGCGGUUGGGGCCACCGUGCUUCGCAUGUGACUGACAGGCGGGAGGAGGGGCCGCCCUGUCUCGUGUGGUGUACCGUGGAAAGUCGAGCGCUGCCCACCCGCCUCCAUCCUCAGACGGAAAAGCAUCCGCCCAACGACCAGACUGUCUCACCGGGACAGACUUUCCAUCCAUUUCCGACUUGUGUCCUAUCUCUCACCCUCGUCACAACGAAGCGUAAAUUUGAUAUGCUGAUGUAGUUGCUGGUCGGCCAUCUUUCCCAUAGCAACAGGAAAGCAAGAAGAUGAGCGCCAAGCGAAAGGCGGAAAGCGACCCCCGGGUCGCUAACAGGCCACACAUCAUGAAGUCUCACAGAAACUCCCGGGCAGAGUCGGAAAGGGACUCCGGAUUCUCAGAUGCAAGUUCAGAGCAUGCUAGCACCAUGGACAACACCGACUCCGAGGACUCGCCGCGGCCUUCCGUGCGGCCGGGCGCCCAGAGUUCUACUUCGGGGCAGCUGGCUGUGGUUGGGGGGUCCUAUUCCAGCAUGUCCCCCAUGAUCAUCAUGAAAAAUGUGCUCCUCAAACAGCAGCCUGGAGUCAACCCCCCAGCCAUGAAGCCCUGGAGCUUCAGUCCCGCCGUGGAGGUGGUUCAGCCGGUGGUCCAGCAGCCUCAGGUGGUCUUCCUGCAGCCCGUCGUCUCCCGCCAAGCGUCCAAGGAAGCCUCUCGACACAGGCGUCCCAAGAAGUAUCUCCCUAUUCUCAAGUCCUACCCCAAGAUUGCGCCACAUCCUGGCGACAGUUCCUCCUCGGGGAGGGGAACCGCCUCUUCCUCCAGCUCUUCGUCGUCUUCCUUAUCUUCUUCCUCGCCGCCAGGGUCUCAGCGGGAUCACCGCCCAAAAGAGAAACCGCAGAAGAGCCAGAGGCAGGCCUCAGUUCUUUCCGGGACCCCCGACAACACGCAACCUCCGCAAACCCGACUCCCUCAAAUGGCCAGCGAGGCACCUAUGUCGGUCGUCAGCCAAUCAGACUCGUCGCCGUCCUCCUCCUGCGCUAACAGCCCGACGCCCACAGACGAAGCCUCGCCGGCCGAACAAAAGUGUGAUGACGACGACGACGACGACACGAGGCGGAAGCGCUUCUGCAACACAUACAACAUCUUGAGCAAAUCGGGCCUCCUGGACAUCACACUGCGCACCAAGGAGCUCCUGCGUCAGAACCGCCGCACGCAGACGGAUUUGGACCGUCUCAAGGAGCACACUGAUCUCUUCCUCCAAGCACUGCGUAGCGGCGACACCAGCAUCUGCGUCAAGCUGCACGCCAGCCUUCAGGAGGAGGCCAAGGAUGACUGGAAGCGGGCGUCACUCACCGGAUUAAAGGACGAUUAGGCCCCCUCCCCGACUGGGAUGGUACCAGGGCUUAUUCGGGAGGGGCGGCGGGGGUUGACAGACAGAUGGAGCGAGAGUAAUGUGGCCCACUUUAGACACCUACCCAAAGCCUCGCUUGCACAGUUUGGCCUACAUUUUUGGCUGCCACCUGCCCCCGAGCCUCGAAUGACACACUGAGCCGCUCGCACUUGAGACAUUUUUGUUGGCCCAACACUCACCGCACUCUUGUUGCAGUCACACUUCCUUUAUUCACACAAAUACCAUGCUGACAUUUACUGUAUGGCCUCCAAGCAAAAGAUUUUACGCAACCAAUUUUAACAGACAUUCUAGCCAGUCAUUUCGUAGCUGGUGGUUAAAACCGAGCCCCGCUGGCAAUAAUGAAAAUGUUCGAGUCAUUGAUGCCCCUCAACAAAGAUUUAUUCUGUACUGCAAUUGGUUAUCGAUGCCUUAAGGUAGCGGCAAAGGCCUACUUUUGCCUCAAUGAAGUUCCUCAACUCACACUAAGAUGGUAUCAGUUGGCACCAGAGCAAUUCCGUCUUAUGGCUUAAGAACAAGAAUACACUGAUUAUGCAAGCGAUUUCAAACCCUGAAUGUUCUUGCUGUGAGGCACAAUUGCUAACUACUAUUGUGUCGUGCAAAUUCCUGGUUGCUUGUGUGCCUCCGUGAUUAAUGCCACUUUCCGUCGCCUCCGAAUUCCCAAGAGAUCCGAAGUAACUCGGUAAAAAAGGACGGUUUUUAGGAGACAUGCUGACUUUUGGGUGGCCGAGGGCUUGAGUGUCUUUUUAUUUUUUGGGGGGGUCAUGCUCUACGUAAGGGACGUUGGUAACAGCCACCCGUUGAUUCUGCCUUCCUGUUAGAGCAUCUGGUGCUUCCUUAAGCAGCAUCUUUGACAUAGAGGAUUUUUUUUUUUUCCUUCCAUCAAAAUGUUCCAAGUGGGGGGCAAGAGCCUUUAUGAUUGUGAUGCAUUUGAGCACUUUGCAUCAUUCUGAGCAGACUAAAACAAGGCAGCUAAUCAUCAGGCACCCACUAUUGCUUUUAAAUAUUAAGCCGUAUUAAGCACCAAAAACUACUUGAACUGGUUCAUGAAAAUGAGGGAUUAUGUACUGUAUAUUUUCCAGUGUGACUGAGUAUGUCUACUGUGAAAAUUUGGGUUCGACCAAUGUAAAGUUGCUCUUUAUCUCAUUAGUGGCGGUUCAGAUGUGUAGUACGCAAGUCUCCUUAAUGGGUGUUAGUCCGCAUUAAGCCGCUUGUGAUUGUGCUUUGUCGGCCGGUCUGUCCGUCCUGUUUUACUUUUUGCAUUUGUCAUCUGUUGCCAAUCUAAAAACAACCUGUUACUCUUUGCUUUGUGAUUCUGACAAUCUACACCAAACUGAAAGGGGGUGGUUUUAAAACCGCCACUUGUGCAUUAUCUGCUCCUUUUCUUAGACGGCUAAAACGUUUGUGAUUUACAUCCAAAAUCAUCCGUGUUUCAGGUUCUCAACGGUAAAUAUCCCCAAUUUCUGUAGUCCUUGAUGAAAGCAGACUGUUAUCUUUGUGUUUAGUCAAAACAUUCGCUUUUACUUGGAGACAGAAAUUAUCAAUACAUUUAAAUGGUUUAUGCAGAAGAGUAGCUUUGUUAAUGUGCAAUGGCGGGAGCAACCAUCAUACAUAUUUUUAAUGCUUAAAUGUUGGGGGGAAUGUGUAAGUUCAUGUUUCUGAUUUUGUAACAUUAUAAAAGACACGCAUUUUCUUCUGAGAUUGACACGAGUAGAAUACGGUUGAAUGUUUUUUAAAUUGUAUGUGUGUAUGAGGGAUCAUUUGUGUCUCAUUUUUGUAUUUUUCAUCUCGUUUGCUGUUAUGUAAUAAAUAUUUUAGGGCUAAAAA